AUGUCUGGAGCGGAGCACGUCUACGCAUCGGCGGCAACAAAUAGAUACUCUCAAGCAGCGGACGUGGUCGGGCACGGCCUCGUUGCCUUUGGAUCGGGUAAACUCGUUGGCCUCUGGGAUGCUGCGUGGAAGUCGUUCGGUGCUCACCAGGCCCAUAAGACGGGUAUAGCAAGCCUCUCGGUACUUGAAAAAAUCGCUGUCACUGGAGCAUCAGACGCUACUGUGAAAGUAUGGAAGAUCCCCGACAACGAAAACGGCAAGUUUUCCUGUAAAAAUUCUCUUUAUGAAGACAAACCAUCGGAGAUACAGUCAAUCAAUCUGAAGAGGGGCUAUCCAAUCUCCCUAGCCCUUUCGUACUUGCCGGGGACGACCUGUGAGCGAACUCGGACAUACGCCUGCACAGCUACGAUUCUGGCGAUUGGAUCCACAGAUAGGAAUGUGUACCUAUGGACCCGUUCCGAGGACAACUUCGUCUCAGCUGCAGCAUUACCCGGUCACGAGGACUGGGUAAAAUGCCUUGCGUUCAAGCCGCCAGGCAGUGACGCUGGACCUUUGGUCCUGUCCUCAGGAUCUCAGGACGCUACUGUUCGUUUAUGGAACAUUGAACCAUUCUCACAAACAGCUCUCAGUGCGUCUGAAAGUACGUCCGGGGAGACAGAUGAUUUGCUAGACGCGUUCGAGGCAUCUCUUGUGAACCUGGAGGACGCGGAAGACGGUGGUCGCUCCAUUUCACUCAAGCGACACAUCCUUACGGUCAAGUCUGCCCCUGGGAACUCACAGCUAUUUUCUGUGACAUUUGAUGCCCUCCUGAUCGGACACGAAGCCGGAGUUACAUCGCUCUCCUGGCGGCCGCAGCAGUCGGACUCCAGCGUCCCAACACUACUAUCAACUUCGACGGACUCAUCCUUGAUCUUGUGGUCUCCUUCGACAGUCCUCACGUCGUCUAAUGAUGGGACGACCCUCUGGAUCAAUCGGCAGCGGUUUGGCGAUGUUGGCGGACAGCGGCUUGGUGGGUUCGUCGGCGGUCUCUGGGCUGUCAAUGGUAGAGAUACUAUGGCAUGGGGUUGGAACGAUACCGCCGAAAACCAUCUUGAGGAGUGGACCGAGGUUGGCGCUAUCACGGGACAUCGGGCCCCGAUACGGAGCAUCGCAUGGAGUCCGCGAGGGGAAUAUUUGAUAUCUGCUAGCUUGGAUCAAACCACACGCAUACACGGCGCGAUUCCCGCACACUCUCAAACCAUCAAACCAGCCGUGUGGCACGAGAUAGCACGGCCUCAAGUUCACGGGUAUGACCUGAUUGCAGCCGCAUUCCUCGAUACCCUGCGCUUCGUCAGUAUCGCAGAUGAGAAGGUGGCUCGGGUGUUCGAAGCACCUCGAGAGUUCGUCGAGAUUGUCAACAAUCUUGGAAUCGCACAGCUCGAUUCAGGAGAAGCACGACCUCGCGCAGCAGCUGUUCCCCCACUCGGUCUGUCAAAUAAAGCGUUGACGGAUGCCAGUGCUGUGGCCGAGGUUAACACGGCGUUUGACUCCUCUCGAACUCAUCGACGACCAUUCGAAGGAGAGCUGGCCGCUGUCACCCUAUGGCCAGAGAUCGAGAAGGUCUUCGGGCAUGGUUAUGAGUCCAUCGCCCUUGCGGUAUCGAACGACAAACAGUACAUAGCUACUGCUUGCAAAGCAACCACUGCAGAGCACGCUGUGGUCCGAGUAUACGACACGCGGACAUGGCAACUCUUCGGCCAGCCUUUAGCCGGCCAUAGCUUGACUGUGACACAGAUUGCCUUCAGCCCCGACGACAAAUUGGUGCUGUCGGUUUCUCGUGAUCGUACAUGGCGGCUUUUCGAGAAGAGCGAAGGUCUCGCAGAUGGUUACGUGCCGGUGGCAGCGGACAAAUCUCAUAGUCGAAUCAUCUGGGACUGCGCCUGGGCACCAGAUGGGGAUACAUUCGUUACCGCUUCUCGUGAUAAAACGGUGAAGGUUUGGAAGCGUCCAGACGAGAGCGGUCAGAAGUGGGAAGCUGCGUCGACCAUUCAAGCUGGCGCGGCUGCAACUGCUGUUGCGUUCGCACCUGAAUCUUCUCAGAGCAAAUCGAUGAAACUCGCAAUCGGGCUGGAAUCCGGGGAGAUCUUGAUCUACACUUCAACUCGAGACACGCCAACUCAGUGGACCAAAGCACUGACCAUCGGCACUCGCUUGGCACAUAUAGACCAUAUUCACCGACUUGCGUGGAGACCAGGCAAGAGGGAAACACACCAGCUAGCCAGCUGUGGGGAGGAUGGUACAUUGAAGCUAUUGACAGUCCAUAUUGCAGCGGAGUGA